GAUUACACAGGUUAUGAUUAUUUCUCAUAAUUAUUUCUAACGUUUUUAAUGAAAAAUAUAAUUUAAAAUGCAUUUUUAAAACCUCGUUUAUAUUAUUAUAUUCAUUUCUAUGUCACAAAGCUUUGUUGAAUCUGUUGUUUUUAAUCGUGUGAGCAAAUAGUCGUUGCUAGGGCAGCUAGCCCGUUAGCAUUUGGAGUUUAAAUAAUUCUACCCGCUUAAAUAUAACAAUUAAGCGGUUUCGUGCGAUCGUAAAGUCAUGUGUGAAAUGUGCUUUCGGUUUGUGGAAAAAUGUUAUCCAUAAUAUUGCGUGACACCCUGGCUCUCUGUUAGCCACAUAGCCAGCUGCUAUCUGUGUUUACGGACGGACUCGGACGUAGUAAUUCGUGAAAUCUAGAGACAUUUCAUCUCCUCGUUUGGACGCGGUUUGGGGAUAAGUGCAAUAUGGACACGAAUGUUCAGAAGAGGCGAGAAAACAAGAAGUCGUUACGAGUUAAGGUCAUUAGUCUGGGAAAUGCCGAGGUGGGGAAGAGCUGCAUUAUUAAGCGAUACUGCGAGAAGCGGUUUGUGCCCAAAUAUCUAGCUACUAUUGGGAUAGAUUAUGGUGUAACCAAGGUCCAGGUUCGAGACAGGGAGAUAAAAGUAAACAUUUUUGAUAUGGCUGGACAUCCUUUCUUUUAUGAGGUCCGUAGCGAGUUUUAUAAGGACUCUCAGGGGGUGAUUCUAGUCUAUGACGUUGGUCUGAGGGAGAGUUUUGAUGCUCUGGACAGCUGGCUCACGGAGAUGAAGCAGGAAAUGGGCUCACAGGCCAACAUGGAGAACAUCAUCUUCGUCGUGUGUGCCAACAAGGUUGACCUGACAAAAAGGCGAGUUGUGGAUGAGAGUGAGGGGAGACUGUGGGCCGAGAGCAGAGGAUUUCAUUACUUUGAAACUUCCGCUCAGAGCGGCGAAGGCAUCAAUGAAAUGUUUCAGGCAUUUUUUUCUUCCAUAACUGACAUGUGUGAAAAUGGAGGGAAGAGGCCCACUCCGGAGGUCAAUGUAGGUUUUACUAAAGAGCAAGCCGACACCAUCCGACGCAUCCGCAACAGCAAAGACAGCUGGGACAUGCUGGGGGUUAAACCUGGGGCCACUAGGGAGGAAGUCAACAAGGCAUACAGGAAGUUGGCUGUACUGCUGCACCCGGAUAAGUGUGUGGCCCCAGGCAGCGAAGACGCCUUUAAAGCGGUGGUUAACGCUCGCACAUCCCUGCUCAAGAAUAUCAAUUGAUCAGCUUCACAUUGCCAUUAGUUGGAGUCGGAGAAUUACCUCGCAUUUGCAGAGUUCCCUUCUCAGUGAAGAUUACGCUAAGACACAUGGAGAAGCCUCUGGACUUCAGCAAAGACUUAGUAACAGCUAAGUUGAUACAGUCACCACAGCUGUCCUGUUUAUAAUGUAAUUUACAUGUUGAUGUCAAAAGUUGUAGUAGGGAAAGAAAAACAAUGCUGUAAAAGUGCGUACUUGUCAGGCCUCGGCCCAGAUCGUCUUGGAGCAUGAGGGUGACGUUGGUGGACCCUUCCUUUUCUUAGUCUGUCCUGUAACGGUUGUGCUGCUUUGCUCCCAUAGAUAUACAGGUGAAAGACCACUUAUUUACCAACUGAUUUGUAAAUGAGACUUAGCAUUCUUAGCAUUCUAAUACUGUUGUUUAAUCCCGACGAACCUCGUAGGGACACCAUGACCUACAUGGAUGAUUCCCAGAUUUUCCUCCCCUUCACCUUAGCUCACUCCAAAGAGGAGGAGAAGCAUGAGAAGAAAACGUAACUUGUCUAAUACCUUUGCAUCAGUGCAAUAUAACGGUGCAUUUUUGCUAAAAAUAAAUAAAUAAAUGGUAAUAUUUAUGUAAGUCUAUUUAGAUUUAACACUAGACUCUUUACUCUCUAGAAUGUUACUUGUCUUUUCAAGAGAAUACACUUAUAUAUAUAUAUAUAUAUAUAUAUAUAUAUAUAUAUAUAUAU